ACAAGGGGUAUAGAUCAAUAGAACGUUCGGUUUUCAGGUCCGGGACGGCUACCGCCGGAGACAUAUUGCCUGGUUAGAGGCUUGUGAACUAGAGACUUGUGAACUCCGAAACCUUUCCGAUGGUAGCUGGGACCGACGGCAUGAUCUAUAGAUCGAUCACUGCACAUGAAGGCGUUCAUAUGGUAGUCAGUCAACCGCUUGCACGGAAACCUUUCCAAAGCUCCAACCCUUGCUUCUUUUGGAAGGGCAUGCUCGGUACCGCAGGAAUGGUCACCAGGGUUGCUUCUGAGGUGGCAAAGAAGGCCUAGAAGAAAAAACUCUCCUGGAUGCAAUGCCAGCGAAACAUCUGACAAAGGUACUUGUAUUACAUGUGUGUUGUCUCACACCGGCUCCCGAGUCCUUACAGCAGUCUAUGCUCGUCCUUCUGACUGAUCUUGAUUCCGGCGUCCUGGCCAUCCUCACUCUCGGCACCAGCACACC